UUUUCAACCAGAAACUGGUAACAUUUUCAUGAUUGAUGAAGAAGAAGACAUUGACAGUCUGUAAUGGUGGACCAAACCCAUUAAAAAUUACAUAAAAACCAUGACGACCCAGAUAACAUAAUUUAUGAAAUUUGACUUGUCUGAUUAAUGAGACAAAGAUGUGUAGGUAAUGUCGGUGUAAAAUUAGCACUAACCCAUGAUUGGUUUGUUCUUGCAGUUGAUGAUUUGGGGUUGCAGAGGUUUGGUGGCCCAGCAUUGGUGAAGAAAAAAAGCUAUAGGAUUUGAAUUCAACUGUGUAUUAUUGUUUGAUAAUUAUAUAUAGAUACAGGCUUUGUUUUGGUAUGUGAUUUGGGUUGUCAGUGUUGAAUGGGGGCGACGGACGGUGCUGGCGAGGAGCUUUCUCCGGCGGUGAGCGUCCGUGAGGAGAAGAUUUUCGUUUCGGUUCGAUUACGGCCUCUGAGCGAGAGGGAGAUUGCGAGGAAAGAUGCAUCUGAUUGGGAUUGCAUCAGUGACAACACCGUCUUUUUCAAGAACAGCAACCUCCCGGUGCCGGAACGGUCCAUGUACCCCACUGCCUAUACAUUUGACAGAGUAUUUAGAAGCAAUUCUUCCACGAAGCAAGUCUACGAGGAAGGAGCCAAGGAUAUUGCUCUUUCAGUUGUAAAUGGCAUUAACUCAAGUGUUUUUGCAUAUGGACAGACAAGCAGUGGAAAGACAUACACCAUGACUGGAAUUACCGAGUAUACCAUAGCAGAUAUAUAUGACUAUAUACAAAAGCGCACGGAAAGAGAAUUUACAUUAAAGUUCUCAGCUCUGGAGAUCUACAAUGAGUCUGUCAGAGACCUCCUUAGCACAGAUAGUACUCCACUUAGACUUCUAGAUGAUCCAGAGAGGGGGACGAUUGUUGAAAAACUCAUAGAGGAGACUCUGAGAGACUGGAAUCAUGUAAUGGAGCUCCUUUCCAUCUGUGAAGCUCAAAGACAGAUAGGGGAAACCUCCCUGAAUGAAACAAGUUCCAGAUCUCAUCAGAUUAUCAGACUGACAGUUGAAAGUUCAGCUCGUGAGUUUUUAUUGAAAGACAAUUCAAGCAGCCUUGCAGCUUCUGUGAAUUUUGUUGAUCUUGCGGGGAGUGAGCGUGCAUCUCAGUUAUUAUCAGCUGGCAUGAGGUUAAAAGAGGGAUCCCACAUAAAUCGCAGUUUACUCACCCUUGGAACAGUUAUCCGCAAGCUAAGCAAGGGAAGGAAUGGACAUGUUCCUUUCCGAGAUUCCAAGCUAACCCGCAUACUGCAAUCUUCAUUAGGAGGCAAUGCUAGAACUGCCAUCAUCUGCACCAUGAGCCCUGCAAGAAGUCAUGUUGAGCAAUCAAGAAACACCCUUUUGUUUGCAAGUUGCGCCAAAGAAGUGACUACUAAUGCUCAAGUUAAUGUCGUUAUGUCUGAUAAAGCACUGGUAAAGCAUUUGCAAAGGGAACUCUCUAGACUGGAGAAUGAGUUGAACAGUCCAAAAGCAAAUGCCACAUCAGGUUGCACUGCAUUACUGCGUGAGAAAGACCUUCGAAUUGAAAAGCUGGAGAAGGAUGUAGUAAAUCUUACUCUGCAACGAGAUGUUGCUCAAUCUCAGAUUCAGGAUUUGCUACGUCUGGUCGGAGAUGAUGGAGAUUCAAUUGCUUCGGUUGAGAUAAAUCGAUACCCCAGCUUGAGAGUGCAAAAAUCACCGGAAUCUGACAGAACUGCUUUGUCAGAUUCUCACUCAACAGAUGUUUGUAUCAGAGCAUUUGACACAUCAAAGUAUUCUGGCGAACAUAGUAGAACUAGUUCUGAUGAUCACUGCCUACAACUUCCUGACCAUGAACAGAAUUUUCUGCACAGUGACACCUCUACAAGGCCAUUGACUGGUAGUUCAGAUUUUACUGGAAAUGAUUCACCUCACCGUUGGGGGAAGGUUGAAGAGAACAUUAAUGGAGAUGCUGAGGAUAUAUGCAAGGAAGUUCGAUGCAUUGAGAUAGGAGUUUCAAAUACCACAAGAAAUGUAGAAUCGAAGCGAUUAGCUCCUGAAGAUGAUGCGGGAAACUCAGCUUCCAUGGUGGUUGGGAAUGGAAACAGGAAUCAGGAAUUGAUGUCCCCUGACUCACCAUUACCAAAAGAAGAUAGAGAAGAAAGUCGUCUCCAUCCAUCUUUUGUUGUUCCUUCUCCUGAAAAACCCUCUUCGUGGCUGCAGAGAUCCGAUACAUUUGAGUCUAGAAGUUUGUUGACUAAGAGUAGAAGUUGUAGAGCAAGCCUCAUGAUCGACGUGUCUUCACCAUGGUUUAAGAGGCUAGAAGAGAAUGAGAACACACCAGCAAAUGGGCUUGAGAUAGACUUCAUUGGAAGACCCGAGGGGUUUCAGAGAAAGGCUUCUGCAUUGAACUAUGGUGCAGAUGUCAAAGCUUCUCAAUCUUCCGUUGGGACCACUACUACUGCUGAUGAGCUUCAAGCACAGAAUGGAAAAAAUUCGACUGAUGAGAAUUCUACAAGCAUCAAUACAUCUGUUGCAGAAACGAAGGAGAUUGCUGAGGAUCAGCAUGAUAAGCAAGUUUCUGGGUCUCUGGUGCAUCAGACAGAACCAGAGGACAACAUGGUUUCAAAGAAUGUCAAAGAUGUUGGCUUGGAUCCAAUGGAAGAUGAUGAUUCAAUAAGUCUCUCAGACUGGCCCUCGGAAUUCAAGAGGCUGCAAAGUGCAAUUAUUGAACUUUGGCACACUUGCAAUGUGUCGUUGGUUCAUAGAACCUACUUAUUCUUGCUGUUCAAAGGUGAUCCGGCAGACUCCAUAUACAUGCAGGUAGAGCUCAGGAGGUUGUCCUUCCUAAUGGACUCCUUUUCUAAAGGUAAUCAGACAGUGGAAAGUGGCCGGACUCUCACACCUGCUUCAAGCAUGAAGGGUCUUCGUCGUGAAAGGGAGAAGCUGAGUAAGGCAAUGGAGAGGAGGCUCAGUCAACACGAAAGAGAGAGCCUCUACAUUAAGUGGGGGAUUGGGUUGAACACGAAGAACAGGAGGUUGCAGCUAGCCAACCGGUUGUGGACCAAAACAGAGGACAUGGACCACAUUGGAGAUAGUGCCAUUGUUGUUGCUAAGGUGGUUGGUUUCAUCGAGCCAGUGCAGGGUUCCAAGGAGUCGUUUGGGUCGUUUGGGCUCAAUUUCACGCCCCAACGCAAGAAACGAAGAUCUUACAGCAUGAAAAGUAAAAGCAGUGUGAUAUCUCUAAGCUUGUUUUGAGGAUCAACACGACGAAUUCAUCCGGUGGCAAUAUGAUGAUGCCUAUUGGUUCCAUUUUGCAAAGAUGGCUUUGAGCUUUAACUGAUUUCCACUUUGAUUUCCGAUUGCAAUUGAUUACAGUGAGGCUUGUAAAUUUUUCUCAGGCUAGAAAUGACUUAUAUAACUGUGAUGUCUGAUGUUGUGGUGUCCUUCCUUUGUUGUACAGUAGACCUUUAAUAUAUAUCUAAUGCUAUAAAGUUUCAACCA